ACUCUCUAUCUCUAUCUCUCUCUCUCUAUCCUUAUAAUAGCUAGCUAGCAUCCAAAUCUUUCCCUAUAUGGAUUGGAUUUAUGGACUUUCCAACUAAGGUGAUCCUUAUGAAAUAUACAUCUAUCUCAAUCUCGAGAUAUAUACUAAUCGAUACAUAUUCUUGUAUAUUGUUUGUUAGGGAGAGAUUUCAUGAGAUAGGCAAGAAGAUCAAGAGAGAGAUCGAUGCCUCUUCUCAAAUGGGAAGGAGACACAUGUUAGGUCCUCCAGGAACCUUGAACACUAUCACACCUUGUGCUGCAUGUAAGCUCUUAAGAAGAAGGUGUGCUGAAGAAUGCCCUUUCUCUCCAUAUUUUUCUCCACAUGAGCCCCAAAAAUUUGCAGCCGUUCACAAAGUCUUCGGUGCCAGCAACGUCUCCAAGAUGCUCAUGGAGGUGCCAGAGAUUCAAAGAGCUGAUGCUGCGAAUAGUUUGGUUUAUGAAGCAAAUGUGCGGCUUCGAGAUCCAGUAUAUGGAUGCAUGGGAGCAAUUUCAGGUUUGCAACAACAGGUUCAAUCUUUACAGGCUGAGCUUAAUGCAGUGAGGGCUGAGAUACUGAGACACAAAUAUAGAGAGGCUGCUACUAAUAUCAUUUCUUCUACUCAUGCUGCUUUAGUCUCUUCUGGGGCCGUGUCGCUUGCUGUGCUGCCACCGGCUCCUCCUCCUCCUCCCCCUCCACCUCCUCCGCCCCCGCCACCUCCCCCUUCUAUUAUUGUUGUUUCUUCUAAUUCUACUUCUUUGUACACACAGCCUUCUGCUACAGUGGGAUAUAAUUCUAUUCCCACUGAUAGCGUUCCAUAUUUUGACUAAUAUAUCAGUCAUACUUAGUUCUGUCUUCACUUUAUUUUCAGAAUCAUGUUUGCUAUAGUAGAAAUAUUAUUACUUUGAUCAAUAUUGGAAUUGACCUGUUCUUUAGUUUGACAAUCCAUUUCAUGGCUUUGAAGUCAUAACUUAGAAAAAGAGAUCGAGCAUUGGGUCUUAGAACAACCAUUUGAUCAAUAUUUGAACAACAUGUUACAGGAUUCAAAGUCUUCACUUCUUUUUACAAUUUCUCAGCAACCAAACGGAGCAAAUUUGAAAAACUCAUUUCUGAGUCAUGGGUUCUUUCUUGUUUUUGUUUGUUGAUAUCAACCUCUAAUGAUUAAAUCACUUCUUCUUCUGGCCUUUAGCCAAAAAGAAACACACCCUUUUAAGCUUAAGCCACACACAAUUACAAAAUGUCUCGCAUUUAAAACUUAUUUCAUUACUCAAAACUAUCGGCCAGUAUAUCAUGCUAUUGAUAUGUUCACCCAAUAAAAAGACUUUUUUAAGUAGAUGAACGGUGCAUUUUUAUUAAAUGAAUGUACCUGCCACCUGUGGUAUACGUUACCAAUGACUGUAGUAUGUGUGACUCACCCAUUACGAUAAAUUAAGUGAUCGAUUACUGAUGUUGUAGCUUUGAUUUUCCGAGGAGUCUUGAAAAUUUGGGGUGAGAUUGAGAGUCUUGCUCAGUGGAUCAUUGCACGUGUGGGGUAUAUGCUUUUGACUGGACUUUAAAGUCUAUGAGUGUACAUGUUAGUCUGUGUCAUAUUGAUGGCCCUUCAUUAAAGGAUUUGGGGGAGACAAAAGGUAUGGUAGUUGUAAGUUAGGAACUUUGAUUUGAAGUCUGAUCAUAAGACUCAAUAACUAGAAAGCUGUAACAUUACUUUUUUUUUGUUUCUCGUUUUGGUUUUACCUUAUUACCCUUGUAUUCAAAAUGUUGUUUUGUACUUGCAAUCAGCGAGUAAUUUGCACAGAUUAUCUCAUACUGGAUAUCUAAUUUAUAUUAUAAUGUG